AAGGGAAGGAAGCAUGAAAGGAUAACAGCAUCAUCCACUUUGUUUACUAUGUUUACGUAGCUUUGCUUUUAUAAUUAGAGAUGAUACCGCGAAAGAAAACAAGAAGACAUGUGUAAAAUCUUUCUCAAGCUUACUGGAGUGUUUUUAUUAAGCCUUAUAGGUUUAAUAACAGUGGCAAAAACACUACAGCACAGUCCUGUGUCUGUCCAUGAGUCGCUGAUCUACGUGUCUACACUGAGUGGGACCUUCCAUGCAGUCAGCAAGUCCACGGGCAAGAUAGUGUGGUCGCUGGAUGAAGAACCAGUGCUCAAAGUUCCUACAGCUGUAGGACGACUGAGUUUCCUCCCCGACCCCAAGGACGGGAGCCUGUAUGCGCUGAGUGAUGGAAGAGAGGGGAUUAAGAAGCUGCCCUUCACUAUCCCCCAGCUGGUCACUGCCUCACCUUGUAAGAGCAAUGAAGGGAUGUUAUACACAGGACACAAGAAGGACACCUGGAUAGCCAUUGAUGUGACCACCGGAGCCAAAAUGCAGACCCUGUCCAGCGACGGGACUCAGAAGAUGUGUCCGUCCAGUGCUGAGAAGGUCAUUUACAUCGGCCGCACGGAAUACACCAUCAACAUGUUCGACAGUAAAACCGGGUCAAAAAGAUGGAAUGCUACAUUUAUGGACUAUUCAUCCCAUGUAGGAGAAGUCAAGGAAUAUGAGUUGCGGCAUUUCACUGCUAGUUCAACCGGAACUGCUGUAACCCUGGACAACAAAUCAGGGGAUGUGCUGUGGUACACAGAUUUCCGCUCACCAGUGGUAGCCAUGUACACCAUGGACCAUGAUGGCCUACAGAAGGUCCCUUUUACCAGUUUUGCCCCUGAGACUUUGGACCACCUCACAGGGCAACUGUCUUCAGAACACUGGAGAAACAAGUUUCUGCUGCAUGGGAAACAGCAAGUCUUUUUCCCUACUUUGUAUGUUGGUGAAUAUGAACAUGGCUUUUUUGCCACCAAUUCUCUGGUGGAUGAAACUACAGUCACAGUUGCUCCUAAAAAUCAAGGUCCCUUAUUGCUGGAAGGACCUGGCAUAUCUAACCUACCACAGGAUGUAAAGCAGGGAACAGACCAUCAGGAGCCGGGGACCCAUAGAGACGCCAUCACCGCCCACACUGUCCGGCGGCCAGAGAUCAUGAUACUGGGUUACCACGAGGUGCCAGACAAAGCCAUGUCAAGGUUCUCGCCCGCCUUCCAAAUCGAGGACCGCUCCAGGGAGGAGAUAGUGAUCCCCCCAAACUUCAGUGAGGAGGGGGGUCACAGUAACGCCACAGUGUCCGCCGCAGACAACAGCAUGGUCAUGAAGUACCUGAGCUCUGACGUCAAGUUCACCAUCACUGUGGCCCUGUCCCUCAUUACCAUUGUGGCUGUUGUUUACUAUUUCCCAAAGAGAACGGAGCAGUCCAUAAAGAUCAUGCUGCAGAAGCAGAUAGAGGAACAAAGAGAGAGGGACAAACAACAGCAGUCUGCCCAGACCUCUCUCCAGGGGAGGCCAUCGUCCUCUGAACUCUAUGAGGCUGUGCCAGAUGGUCACUACCAAGUUGGAAAAAUCUUCUAUAAUCCAAAAUGUGUGUUAGGCCAUGGCUGUGAGGGAACAAUAGUGUACAGGGGCAGAUUUGACAACCGAGAUGUAGCAGUGAAACGUCUGCUACCGGAGUGCUUUACAUUUGCUGACAGAGAAGUGGAACUGCUGAGAGAAUCCGAUCAACAUUCCAAUGUCAUCCGAUACUUUUGCACGGAGGCAGACAGUCAAUUUAGAUACAUAGCGCUGGAACUGUGUUUAGCCACAGUUCAGGAUCUCAUCACGGGGAAGACACAAUACACAUACAAAAUGGACGCCAUUGAUAUCUUAUUUCAGGCCAUGUCUGGGAUCUCUUAUUUACACUCAUUAGACAUUGUUCAUAGAGAUAUAAAACCACACAAUGUUUUGCUGUCUCAGCCAGACUCUAAAGGUCAGAUCCGGGUCAUGAUAUCUGACUUUGGUCUCUGUAAGAAGCUGGCUGCAGGUCGGAUAUCAUUUUCACGAAGAUCCGGAGCUGCCGGCACAGAGGGAUGGAUUGCUCCGGAAAUGUUGGAUGAAGAACAGAGGACGACCUGUGCUGUAGACAUAUUCUCAGUAGGGUGCGUGUUUUAUUACGUGCUGACGAAGGGGAAGCAUCCGUUUGGAGACUCGCUGAGGAGACAGGCGAACAUUCUGUCGGGGGAUCACAGCCUGGACGGUCUGCCCAUGACAGAGGGAUAUCUAAGAAGAAAUCUCAUUGAGAAAAUGAUUAGCUAUGACCCUAGUGAGAGGCCAACAGCAAAAACGGUGCUACAGCAUCCCUUCUUUUGGAGCAGGGAAAGACAACUCAUGUUUUUUCAGGAUGUUAGUGACAGAAUUGAAAAAGAGGCUGCAGAGAGUGAUGUUGUGCAGCACUUGGAACGUGGGGGUCUGGAGGUGGUCAAGUUUGAUUGGAGGAGACAUAUCACUGUGGAACUUCAAAAUGAUCUGAGGAAGUUUAGAACAUACAAAGGACAAAAUGUGAGAGAUUUAUUGAGAGCUCUGAGGAACAAGAAACACCACUAUAGGGAACUGCCAGAGGAAGUGAAGAAUUCAUUGGGAGCAGUGCCCGACCAGUUUGUGUGUUACUUUACCUCCCGUUUCCCCAAACUCCUCACCCACACGUACUAUGCCAUGAUGUGCUGCAAACAGGAGCGGGUUUUUCAUCAAUACUAUAACAUGGAGGAGAGCUGAAUUAUGUAUAGCAAAGAAAAGUUUUGCUUUUGUAAAAAGGUUUAUGUCUCAUAUUGGAAAAAUUUUCACAAUCGUCAUUCCAGAUUCUAAGACUUUUUUUUGUUAUCUUAUUACUGAUGCAGCUUUUUAAUGUAUUCAAAUUUUGCUCUUUUCCAUUUUUUGUGUGAAUAUUUUGUUGCAGGUAGGGCAUUUUGUUACCAUGUCAUUUUCAUUUGAAUUUCUGGAUUUUGCACAUCUUUUGUGACUCUUUCCGAUUUUUUGAAUUUUGUACAGAUUGAGGGAGAUUUUCAUUUUUGAACAAUUUAAUUUGUAACCAUAUUGUAAAAAGAGCUCAUUUUGUUUUCUGUGUUUCUUCAUUAUCAAAACCAUUGCGUAGGUUUUCAUUUGGUUUAUGUUGCACAUUUUUUUUCAUACUCCAGUUGACAAUGCAUAGCUCAAGUAUUUGCGAAGUGACAUUAUACCCAUUUUUUUCAAAAGAAACUUCAUAAAAUCAUUGUUACAUGUUUAAUAUACGAGUAUUUUAAGAUACAAGAUAUGUGUAGCGUUGCCUUAUUUUAUAGGAACCCUACACAAACUACAGUGUUUGUUACAUUAUUGAAAGAAUACUUUUCAGAAUUAGGCAAUUAUAUUGAAGUGUCAUGUGAUCGGAUAGUUGAGAUUUGAUUGGGUGACGGUAAUGCUUUCGGAAUCAUUGUUACGCAUCAUUAAAAGAUGUCUCUGUUGUUUAAAUGUACAUAUUAAGUUAUUUUUUAAAAAAAAAACCUAAUUAUCAUUAAUUGUGUUUUGUGAUCAUUUUAUGCAUAAUGCACAUGUUUGAAUUUCCUGGCGCAGUAGUUUUAAUCUCAAAUGUAAAUGUAUAUAUGUUUACAGGAUUUUAAAAAGUCAAUUAACGUACUUCUCAUUUUAAAGUUACACUUACUGAGUGUACUGUCAAACAAUGUUAGUUUAGAGUACUGGUACUGAGUCCUUGUUGUUACCAGUUUGCCAUCUUUUUAUUUUUGUUGUGUGUAAAUUAUCUCGUGUAUGCAAGUGCAUUUAUUUUAAAAGAUGCAAUUCAUCUGACAGUUACUUUUUUUUAUGAACACUGCGGAUAUAUUAAGGAAAAGUUUGUAAUCCUUAUGAAAUGCUUAAUUAAUCAAAACCAUCUGCUUAUUUCAAACAUGUAAUAAGCGGAAAUACAUGUAAGCUUGGGAUGUUUGUCACAGGAUUAAGAUACAGCCACUGCUGUAGGCCGUAUCUGUCUAUCAAUAUGUGUGCAUAUCUUAAUUCUGCUUUUAAUCGGUGCAUAUAUUCCUUGCUUUUCUUUGUUUUUCUCAGUUUCGUUGUUGUAUCUGUUGAGAUUUCUAAAAAUAUGUUGUAUUUAAAUCAUCACAUAGACAGUAAGAUCAAAUCACUAGCUUUGGUUUAGAAUAAGAUUUAAUAUUCUAGCUUUAAAGAUAUUUGAUUCAUAUUAUAUACCAUUGUACUUUUUCUCUGAGAAAUCUAAAGUGUGCUGCAGUGUGCAUUUGGUGGAAUUUUACUAAUGAAAGAAUCAUCAAACAUUGUAUAAAUUAUAAUUUUAAUUUAAGUAGACUAGAGUUUGUUUUUUUUUGCAAUAUUUUUCCUAGUCUUACAUUCCUUCCAAAAAUGAUAGUAAUAUAUGCAUGUAGAUAUUUAUUUUGGUCCAUUCAUGUGCGUGCAAGAUGAAAUAUGUUUAUGUCAUGAAUGCAAGUUUUUGAAUAAUGUUUCCAUGAAUAAGUGUUUCUUCAAAAGUAAAUCCGAUUAAAACUUCAUUUUUAGAUUAUUUUUAAAAGGAGGUUGUGUGGAUUUUGACAUCAUUAAUUUUACAUGUACAAGUUAACAAAACUACAUACAUAUUGUAAUUUUUCUUUACAAAUUUUGACUUGGCACUUUCAUUCCUCAAAACCAUUGCAUUGAUAUUUUAUCAUCCCUAUCAUCAAACUUACAAUGGCAGUUGUUUCAUAAUGAUGUAUUUUAUGUUGGAGAGAGAGCUGAGUUUUUAUUGUGAGUGUGUAGAAUUGUAAAAAUGACUGUGCGUAAACUGUUAUAAAGUAUGUUUAUAUAUAUUUUUUAAUAUAUUGAAAUAAAGGAUGAAAAAUGGUAAA